AUGGCCUCCGAUACAAGGGUCAUUUCCGUGCAGCGAUUAAAUUCCGGCCCGGGCUCUCGCUCGUUGGCGGAAUGGUGGGCGGACGAGCGCGAGGCCUCGACACCUGAAUUCAAGGUCAUCGAAGAGGCCGCAAACCUGCUUCGAACCAGCGAUAUUCCCGUCGCAUUCCCCACGGAGACAGUUUAUGGUCUGGGUGCCGAUGCGACGCGCAGUUCCGCCGUUCAGGGGAUCUACAAGGCCAAGCAGCGUCCCUCCGAUAACCCACUGAUCAUUCAUAUCGAUUCUCUGGAGAUGCUCGAUCGCCUAUUAAACCCCGCCCCGACCAGUCCUAGCUCAACUAAGACGCCGCGCAUCUCUAUACCUGCAAUUUAUAAGCCGCUGAUCGACCGCUUCUGGCCUGGCCCGCUGACGAUCAUCCUGCCAAACCCGUCGGGCUCCGAGCUGGCGCCAGAAGUGACAUCCAAGUUGACGACCUUUGGCGCGCGCAUGCCCUCUUCCCCUCUGGCGCGUCUUCUCAUCCAUGCCACGGGCCGUCCGCUCGCUGCGCCCUCCGCCAACGCCUCGACGAAGCCCUCCCCCACGACCGCGCAACAUGUCCACCAUGAUCUCAAGGGCCGCAUUGACCUGAUCUUGGACGGUGGCGCCUCCGGCGUCGGCGUCGAGAGCACCGUCGUCGACGGACUAUGUGACCCACCCGCCAUCCUCCGACCUGGCGGGAUAGGCAUCGACGAGUUGCGAGAGUGCGCUGGCUGGGAGAACGUGACCGUGGCGUACAAAGACGGCACGCUUGAUAUCAAGGAGAUCCCGCGCGCCCCCGGCAUGAAGUACCGACACUACUCGCCCAAGGCGCGGGUCGUUCUCUUCGAGCCCUGCUCCAAGGAAGCCGGCGUGACCAAGCAUGUACAGAAAGAUCUGAACGACUCCGCCAUCGGCGCGCACAACAUUGGCAUCGUGCGCACCCGCAACUGGAGGCAGGGACUUGGACUUGCGCCUCCAGAUGUCGUGGCUAGUACCGUCAAGACAGUCGAUGCGUCCAUUGACCACCUCACAAGCUUCCCCAUUCCUGUCCAGCAGACGGGUAGCCCCACCAGUCGGACCAAGCUGGCGUAUGACUAUCACCUUGGCUCGGAUACAGUGUCUAUCGCGCAUGGAUUGUUUGCGGUCCUGCGUGCGCUGGAUGAAUUUGAUGUCGAUGUCAUCUAUGUGGAAGGCAUUAAUGAUCGGGAUGGGGACCUGGCUGCUGCGGUUAUGAACAGACUCCGGAAGGCGGCUGGGGCGGAGAUGAAGGUGUAG